AUGAAUUACGAGUGCGAGGCUCAUAAUAGCAGGUCGCGCGGCGCUAAAUGCUGCUCACGCGGUCACAGCCGCACGCCGCGGCCAUUGCACGCAGUGUCUGGCCCUGCGCCACCGCUCACCGUCUAUCCCUUGUUCAUCUCCGGCGAAACAGAGCAAGCGAGCGACGUCAAUCUUAUGCAGAUAGUUCACGCUCUACCACUUGCAUCAUUUCAUCGAUGCGGGUUGACUAACGAAGACUUGAAUCGGCGGUGGUGUAAACCGAGUGGCGUUCUGCAUCCUUCUAUUUAUCACACUAAGGGUCUCAUAGAAUACCUUGUUCGAGUGUGGAAGAAACCCCCGUUGGUGUAUUGUGACUACCACGGACAUUCUCGCAAGAAGAACGUAUUCUUCUAUGGCUGCGCGUCGGCUGAGAGCUGGUGCAGUAGUGACCGUCUAGGCCCUGAUGAGCCUGUUAAGUACUUGAUGCUGCCAGCGCUCAUGCAUCGGAUAUCUCCGGCGUUUGCUCUCGGCUCGUGUUCCUUCCGAGUGGAGAGAGAAAGAGAAAGCACUGCGCGUGUCACCGUUUGGCGUCAUUUAGGUGUAACUAGAUCCUACACAAUGGAGGCCUCGUUCUGUGGCUUCGACAGAGGGCCCUUUAAGGGUUUCCACUUGAAUACGCAGCAUCUGCAGAGUGUUGGCUGCGAUUUCUGCGAAGCUCUCAACGGUCUCAACGAUACCGCCACCAGCGACGACAUACAACUCACCAAGGACCUCAACGAUGAAAUCGCAGUGGACAGCGAACCUGGCUCCGGAUCAGACAGUGUCCUAAAGACGGAUUCUGAUGAGGAUUUCGACUAA